UGACUCUGCGCGGCUGCUGUGUGUUGUGCUCGUUGUUCCAGCUCGUUGUUCCAGCUCUUUGGACUGUUGUGUGUCGUGUUUUCCUCGCCAUGAGUAAGAGCAAGGCGAGCGGCGUGGCCUGGGUCAAGCCGGCGGAGCCCACCUUCCUCAAGAAGUUUAAAAGCGAUGUUGGCUACAAGGAGGGGCCCAAUGUGGACACCAAGCGCCAGCUGAUGCCGACGCUGGACGACGACAGCGGCAGCGACCGAGAGGACGAGCUCCCUCAGGUGGUGGUGCUGAAGAGUGGAGACCUGACUGCAGAGGAGGUGAAGAAGGUGAAGGGGGAGACGGGAGCAGGAGGAGCAGAGAAAGACAAAGAAGCCGACGGUAAAAUCCUGUUCAAGAAACCGGCCAAGCGCUCCUCCUCAGACAAGUUCCAGGGCAUCACGGCCAGCUCCAGCAAAAAGAAGAAGAGCCACGACAGAGAGAAGGAGGACGUAGAGAAGGAGGAGGGGGAGAAGAAGGAGGACAGGGAGAAGAAGGACGGGGAAAAGAAGGACGGGGAAAAGAAGGAAGGGGAGAAGAAGGAUGGGGAAAAGAAGGAGCCGAAGUCGGGGAAGAAAGUGAAGAACAACAGCCUGCUGUCGUUCGGAGGAGACGAGGACGAGGACGACGACUAAACCUCCCCGUCGUUCCUAGAGUAGUGUGUGUAUCACGGUAACGUUUGAGAGGAUUGGUCAGAGAGAGAGAGGCCUGAAGUCAUGUGGCAUCAUUCAGUCUUUCUGCUGUUUCACCCGACAACAGGACAGACGUCAUACAUUCAUCCUACACCGUUCCCACGGAGACACAGACUCCUAGUCCGAGCAGAGCUCGAAAAACUAGCAACGGUCCAGCGUUUGAUCUGCUGGAGUCAGAAUCACUGGUGACGCGUCAGAGUCAGUCCUUCCAACACACACGUAUUCUAACAGACGCUUAUUUUGAUUUGCAAAGACCAUAGUUUCCAGCUGACACACACACACACACACGGGUAACAGUUCCUGCUUCCUGCCGAGUUGCAGCUUCUCGUAACACGCCGUCCGUCAGUUUUUCCCAUCAGAGCAGGUUAUAAGUGUAAUUUGUUUUUUUUUAAUUAUUAUUACAUUAAUUAAAAUUUGAUUUCUUAGGAAAAAGGGACAGAUAAAAUAAGCUUAGUCUUCUUUCUGUUCCCUUUCAUUCAAGGAUUUGUCGUAAUUAUAUUGAACUGUUUUGUUUUUCUUUAAAUAAAUGAAAUGAAAUAAAGAACAAUAAAUAAUAAUGUACAUUUCCAGUAAAAGCAGCGCAGCGUCAGCCUCGUACGAGCCGUUGUCUUCAGGAUACGAGGGUGCAGCUCCCUCUCACCUCACGCCCAGUUUAGACCAACAGAUCCAAGUACAUCCUACAUAGCAUGUUGUAAAUAACUGGCUGUUUGUACUUAAUGGGCUCCCACUAACUCCCUAAGUGUCAUUUCUGAGGUUUUCUGGGGAAUGUGUCUCUUUUCAUAUCAGACAUUUGUAUGAUAACGUGCUUUUGUUUAACUCCUCGUGUCGCCCGGCCGUCCGCCCCAAACCGAGCUCCGGUUCCUCUGGUCACUCCGGCGUUGCUCUCCUCCGAGUCCUAGACUUGUUUCUAUCUGUGAUGGAGCUGAACGUGCAGAGAACUCACCGGUUUAUUAUUAUUAAACACUUUGACAUUCAGUCCUAAACUGAAUGUUUGAAUAUAUUCUGGCUUCGACGACGGAGCUGUAUAACGUUUCAUGUUGGAAGUGGUGCAUUGUGGUCAAUGUCAUUGUGUAUUUGAUGUGACUUUCUUUUUGGGAUUUGCCAUUAAAGUUGUUUUUACUCUGAAAAGGGA